CCUCUCAUACCCCAGCUCAGUAUCGACGCCUACUAUCAUCCACCCCCCAAAUCCUUUGUGUGAAUAAAUCCGCCCUUCUCCCCCCUCCCUCUAUUCCUUCCCCCCUCCAACACUAUUCCUUCCCUCAGCCUGUUUGUCGCUACAUUUAAAGCUCGUCACCUUCCCUUCACUUGGAAUAGACAACCAACAAUCAAUCAAUCACAUUUUUUUCUUCUGUGCCAUCCUUCAUUUACGUCGUUCCCUCUCGCCUUUCGAUAGCGAAUCGGUGACCUUGCCAACUCAGUAACAAAGACUUCCUUCGUCCCCCAGCCAAAUCUUGUUAUAGGCUUAUAUAUUGGGCAUGAAUACCAGUACUAGGAAUCUCUCAAAACUCAAGAAGGCCGCCAGAAUCAUUCUUGUUGGCCCUCCGGGGUGUGGGAAGGGUACACAGUCCGGGAGGCUACUGGAUCAUUUCAAAUUGACCCCCAUAUCCUCGGGUGAUUUGUUGAGGGAGAAUGUUCGCAACCGGACACCACUAGGAAUUCAGGCUGAGACAGUGAUGCGCUCCGGUGGACUUGUUCAGGAUUCCUUGAUGGUCAAACUUAUCGUCGGAGAACUCUCCAAACGUGGAUGGGUUGAAACCCGUGGUAAUUUGACUUCUGGAAUUUGUCUUACAGGACCAUUAUCGGUUAUCGGGGGUCCAAUAACGCCAAGAGCAUCAGAUUCUCCGACAGCUAGUUUCCUUCUCGACGGCUUCCCCAGGACAAAGAACCAGGCCCAAUCUUUGGAUUCUGAGGUCGCCAUGAAUUUGGUUGUUAACCUCGAUGUCCCUCAUGACGUUAUUUUGGAUCGUAUCGCCAAUAGGCUUGUGCAUGAGCCUUCUGGCCGCGUCUACAAUAUGACCUGGAACAAACCCAAGAACCCCGGUGUCGACGAUGUUACUGGGGAGCCUCUGACCCGUCGUCCCGAUGAUUGUCCGGAAACAUUCUCCAAGCGCCUGAAGAAUUAUGCUGAGGCUACCGGGCCGCUUCUUGAGCACUACGACAAAGCGGGCGUUCUGUGGACUGUAUCUGGCUCUACUAGCGAUGAGAUCACCCCUCAGCUUGAUGCUGAGAUCCUCAAGAGAUUCGGCUAGAUUCACACUUGGGACUCGCUCAUUCUUACAGCAGAAUGGAGGCCUCUGAGACUUUGCUUUUUUAUAUAUAUAUAUUUAUUUAUGUUACCCUUUCCGAUUCUCCUUUUUCCUGUUGCUCUCUCACCGACUGGAACCUUCAUUAUAAUGAACAUUCAUGGCUAAUGGCGUUUCCUAUUUUUGCUUCAUUUUUACCGCUGGAGCCUUACUCUUAUGUUUUUUUAUUAUAACUUCAUUCUUCAUUUUCUUUUACAGCACGAUAGGGAUUGGUGGUUUUUGAUUUCACUGCGGUACAUUGUGGGACGACAAUGAGUUUUCUGUUUUUGUUUUUAUGAUAUGGACGUGGACUAAUGUACAAAUUACGGAAGGGUUCACGGAAAUGAAAAAAAACAAAAAACAGGGCCAACAAAACAAGGCAUGGAUGAUUGAUUUGUGGCCUUUCAAAUCGCAAUUGUUUUUGCUUUUACUCCAGCCUUCUUCUCCGGGGUGAUAUGUGGGACUUUUCAAUGGUAUGAUGCGUUACAAGCAUACUAAGUUAGAGUUCACGGCAAAAGUCAAGACCAGUAGUUAUCAGAAUCUACUCGUACGAUAUCA